UCUGCGACGAUCGACGAAGAAACGAGCUUUUGGACGAGAACGUGAGGACCAGAGAAGAUGACGAUUUUAAUGCCGGCGAUGUCGGUGUUGCCCGUGUUGUUGCUGCUCGGCGGCUGCUCGGCCCAGUGUCUGACCGGCAACGACAAUCCACCAAUGGUGAACCCGACCACGAAGAAGGCGUUGGCCGACGGCCGUUACGCUUUCGCUCUGGACACCCUGAAGAAAACUGCGCUGAUUGAAUCGCGGGAAAAUAUUUUCUACAGUCCCCACAGCCUCCAUCAGGCGUUGACCUUGGCGUACUUCGGUUCCCGCGGCAACACGGAGCAGUCCUUGAAGAGAGCGCUGCACAUCCCGAAAGGCCAGUCGAAGGUCGACGUACAACGAUACUACGCGUUGGAGAAUUCCAUCAAGCAACAGAUCGACAUCCAGGGAAAUACAACGACUGACUACGAGUACACUUCGGCGAAUCGGCUGUGGAUAUCGGACACGAGGAAAGUACGCGAGUGCAUGUUGGACAUCUUCGGCGAUCAGUUAGAGAAAACUGACUUCCGUACGAAUCCCGGUGCCGUUCGGGAAAAUAUCAACCAGUGGGUCAGCAACACGACAAAAGGUCAUAUUCGGGACCUUCUACCACCGAACAGCAUCGACCAAGAUACCGAUUUGGUACUCGCGAACGCGGUCUACUUCAAAGGACGCUGGCAGAGUCGUUUCGAUCCGGCCAACUCCAAGAAGGAUCUCUUCUACAGUUCCGGAUCCAUGAAUUCUAUGGUCACGUUCAUGCACCAGAAGGGAACCUUUAACCAUCUAAUCUCCGAGCUCCUGGGCGCGCACAUCCUCGAGCUUCCCUACAAAGGCGAGCAAAUCUCCAUGUUCGUGAUGCUCCCACCGUUCGUCUCCGCGCGUUCAAUGAACGGAGGUGAUCGUGACGGUGUCCGUCAGUUGAUCGAACGUCUGUCAACCGACGAGGGAUCCGCUGAACUGAAGGACAUCCUCAGCUACGGGAUGCCACCCCGUGACGUUGAGGUCUAUCUACCACGUUUCGAGGUUGAGAAAGAGCUUCCUCUGGGUACCCUGUUACAUGCCCUUGGUGCUGGCGAUUUAUUAGCACCAAAUGCUGCGGAUCUUCGUGAUUUCCUGGAGGACGGCGAGAAACCGCUACAUCUGGGCGACGCUGUUCAUCGUGCGCGCAUCGAAGUCACCGAAGAGGGCACCACUGCGGCGGCCGCGACCGCUUUGUUUACGUUCCGCUCGGGCAGACCGUUGCAACCGGCGAUAUUCAACGCGAAUCAUCCGUUCGUGUACUUCAUCUACGACAAACCGAUGGGCACCAUAAUGUUCAGCGGGAUCUAUCGUUCGCCAAAUCCUACGAAGAACACGAUGGAGAUGUCGUCCCGCUGA